UCUUUUCUUUUUGUAUUUUAGAAACGUCUUGUCUGUGAGAGACUCUUGGUAAUUUAUAGUCACUGAAACCAUUUUGUCAGUAUAAUCACUGUCUGCUUGUACAAGAUUAUGGCAUUCAGUAAUGAUAGCACAGCUGAGAUUUUGUUUAUACAUCAACAAAUGUUUCGGGUUGCAUUUACCGAGGGACCGAUCUCAAAAGUUAGUUUUGCAAUAAUAAUGUCACUGUUCUUUCUUUAUUUAAAUGCCAUCAUGAUCUAUACUGUUUGGAGUAAGCCUGUUUUUAAAGUGACUCCACGCUACAUUCUGUUUACCCACAUGCUUCUCAAUGACUCGAUUCAGCUCAUUGUUACCUCCAUGUUGUACAUUUUUAGUAUGACAGUUUUCAAACUAGUCACUGUUGCUUGUGCUUUUCUGGUUUUUGUUUCAACUACAACAUUUAAUAAUGCACCUUUAAACCUUGCUGUAAUGUCAUUAGAGCGUUAUGUGGCCAUAUGUUUUCCUUUAAGACAUGCUGAAAUAGCCACCCAGAAAAGAACUCAUUUUGCCAUUGCAGUCAUUUGGUUUGUUGGUUCCAUAAACUUCAUAAUUGAUUUGCUAUAUGGCAUAGUAAUGGAUUCUAACUUUUUAUCCUCACAAAUAUUUUGCACAAGAGAGAGAUUUUUUAAGAAACCAUGGCAGGUAGAUGUUUUGCAUGGCUUUAAUAUUUUCUACUUUGUGUCAGUCACCAUGAUCAUCCUUUUCACUUAUAUAAACAUUUUAAUCACAGCCAGGUCCGUUACCUCUGAUAAAAACUCUGCUUCAAAAGCCCACAAAACCGUGUUGCUACAUCUUAUUCAGCUGGGCCUCUGUCUUACUUCCUUUCUUUACAUCAUUAUAGAGAAAGCUGCAGCAAUGGCCAGCAGCAGCAGCCUCUUCAUGGACUUGCGUUAUCUAAACUAUUUAUUUGUGCUAAUCUUGCCACGCUGCUUAAGCCCACUUAUUUAUGGACUAAGAGAUAAUGCUGUAUGGCCUUUAUUCAUGUACUAUUUCAAUUGUGCCAGAGGCAAACAAAAGUCUAUUGUCAAUGUACACUGA